CAACACUGAUGUGGAAAAGAGGUUACAGACACAGAUAUGAAUAGGUAGAUAAGGACACGCCCCUUUUUGAGCUGCGUUACGACGGCUACGCUAAGCUCGGAGUGUCAAAGUUCUUCUCCGCAUUCCGUGUGUGUGGACGGCGGAACACGAAAAGACGGCCAAAGGAUGCGAUUGCGCACUUUGCCCAAUUACAACAAGGGACCUGGGAAUAACCUCUCACCGUUCACAGCUGAAGUAAUUUAAGAGCCUUCUCCUAUUAUUUAUUGAUGGUACACGAUUUGACGUUGACCAAAAAAGUAAAGCGAUUGAGAAUUGAGCAAGUUCCGAUUUUAAAGACAAUGUGUGGACAUUGAAAUUUGUGGGAUCAUCGACCUCCCCAACAUGGCCGCCACGAAGGCACGUCUUCUCCAGUUUUCACAGCUAUGUUGACAGGGCAGUUUGCAGCCCGGGUGACACAUUCGUUGCCCACCCCCGUCACAUGACUUUUUAUGUGACUUGCAUUUCCUCAUCCAGCCGGCAGCGCGUCGGUCACCUCACGUCCGACGAUCUCCGACUGCUCGACUCUUGUUUAGUUUGACCACCGCCAAGCAGCAGGCCAUCAUGUUCCGAUAUGCCGCGUUUGCUCUCCUCCUGGCAUUUGGAUGUGUAAUGCAUCUGUCACGUGGGACAGAGGUGACAGUCAAAGACAAAGAUGACAAGUUGUGUCUUUACGCCAAUCUCUUGGUCAACUUCACCGUUUCGUACGUGACGUCAGGGAACAAGAGCGAGCUCGCCGAGUUUGAACUUCCCGCCGAAGUCGUGUCCAACGGCAGUCAAUGCGACGCCGCGAGCUCCACCUUGAAGCUCAACUUCGGAGCGGGACACUCCUGGAGCAUGAACUUCAGCGUCAGCGGGAACACGUACCAGGCGGAUUCCAUCACGUUCGCCUACAACCUCAGCGACGCCACCGUCUUCCCUAAAUCUGCAUCGACCGACACUCUCUCCGUGACUGUGAGGCCUCACAUCACCGACGUAGGCAUGGACACCUGCUACUCCUGCAAGAGCAAGGAGACCAUCCAGUCGGACUCGGUCAACCAGACCCUGUGGAACGUGCUCAUCCAGGCCUUCGUCAGCAACGGCACACACAGUGAAAACCUGACCACCUGUGCCGCCGACCUGCCCGCCACCCCCACCGCCUCUCCCACCACAGUGGCCCCGGUGACAAACACCACGGCCACCACCCUCUCGCCGACGACCUCCCCCACGCCCGCCCUCCCCACGCCCGCCACCGGGAAGUUCAGCGUCAAACCGGACAAUAACGGCACGGCCUGUCUGUUGGCAAACUUCGCCCUGCGGCUCCGCGUCAAGCAAGGCGAGAAGUAUCAAGAGAUGAACCUGGACCCCAACGUGACCAGAGCGUCCGGAUCGUGUGGCGUCAACAGCAGCGAGCUGGUGUUGGCGUCUAACGACAUGACUGUGGUGCUCACUUUCACCAAUGACACCAAAAAAUUCCGCCUACAAUCUGUGAAUGUCACCGCCAAGCUGAGUUCCGGUGUGAUCUUCUCCGAGGCGAACAGCAGCUUGAGUCUGUGGGAGGCGGCGGUGGGCAGCUCGUACAUGUGCAACAAGGAGCAGAAUUACACCAUCACCAGCCGGCUGAACAUCUUCACCUUCAACCUGCAAGUGCAGCCCUUCGCCGUGAAGAAGGGCCUCUUCAGUACAGCCCAUGAGUGUCCAUUGGACGACACCAGCAUCUUAAUCCCAAUCGUUGUCGGCGCUGCUCUGGCCGGCUUGAUUCUCAUUGUAGUGAUCGCAUACGUGAUCGGUCGAAGAAAGACCUAUGUGGGAUAUCAGACCCUUUGAGAAGCCGCUUUGCAAAUCGGCCACAAAAUGCGACGGGGUGCGCGGGGGUCCCCGCCAAGCCUGGUCCUUGGAUUCACGUGCAAUGAACUCGAUUGGCUCUCGACAAUUCAAACCCUUUCCAUUAAAGUCCGAAAUGUGUGAUGUUAUUCUGAGUGUGAAACAUGCACAAAAAGCAUUUGUGAGAGUCUUCAGGGACAAUAGUGUUGUAGUUUUUCCUCAAGGACCAAACUUGUCUGCACCCCCCGUCUUUGUGGUUUUCUGUUUUUCAUUUUUUUUUUUUUUAGGUUUUGCGAAUGAGCAAAUGCAAAAUCCACAUUUGUUAGCCCCAGUCAUUUGGAAAGAGAACAUCAGAGCGCAGACAUACAGAAGCAUCUCGAUCAAUUUGAAUAUCGUAGAAAAGUUCAAUUCAAAAUUGUAUUAGAUAGAUUCAUUAAAGCCUCAUUUUAAUUGUUUCUCUUGGUCAAUUUUGGCUUAGGUGUAAGUCUUUACUUUUUGAAUUGAGUGAGCUUCUGAAAUGAAGUUUUCCCACAAUAUUUGAAUUUAUUGAGACGCACAUGUACAACACAAAAUAGCAAAGAAAGCUGUGGGACUUCCUUAAACAACACCCUCACGAUUCUGCAUUUGCUCUGCCACCGCUCCCAUGUUGUUUCCCUUUAUGAUUUCAUGUCUUUUGCACAUUAUAUACUUUAAUUUUAUUUACUUUGAUUUUUGUAUUCUCGUCCCAAUAAUGCAGGGGUGGGGGAACUUCUUACAUCGUAUCGGCUAUGUAUGGCCUGCCAUGCAAUUCUACAAACAAAUUAACUGUUCUAAAAAGCCCCAAAACAUUGAAUCCGCAGAUGUUCAAAAUGUAUUUUCACGACCAUAAGGCGCACUUAAAAGUCUUAAAUUUAUAAUGCGGCGCGCCUUAUGUGUGCACCGAGUUCCAAAAUCUGUAAAUGUUGUCGUGUGACUUUGAUGAGCGCUCCGCUUGACUGACAUAUAGAGGAAAGGCGGACGUGACUGAGGACAGCAUGCGGACGUUAAAGGGGGAAGGGUGCGCGUGAAGGAGGACGAUAAAGCCACGCCCCCAGUAGGUACAUGGCGCCGGUAUGUGCAUUGUGCAAAGCAUCGGUUUGGCUCAGGACCCCCGAAAAUGGCACCUACGAAGAGAGACGCUUACGAAGCACAGUUUAAACUGCAAGCUAUCAGUUGCCCCCCGGCAACGAGACUGACCCCGACAAUGACGAGAGGGAACCCGGCGUGUUUGAUGGAGAACUUGCCCAGCUGUUCAUUUCGGAUACAGAAGAUGAGGACUUUGAUGGAUUUGUGGAUGAGCAUUGAUCAAAAAACAACGCGAGUACAUUGUUAAAUACUUCAAUAAAAUACAACCGAACUCACUGUUUAUAUUGUUAAAUACUUCAAUACAGGACAACCGAACUCGCUUUUGCUCCUGCUGCCUUUUUAAAAACGUACACCUUAGCGUGCAUGCAUGCUACCGUAUGUUUUAAGCUAGCGUAUUAUGUUUUACCAUGCCCGCGCCCAAUAAUACGGUGCGCCUAAUGUAUGUGUGAAAUACAGAAAUAGACCCAGUAACUGAGACUGCGCUUUUUAGUACGGUGCGCCUUAUGGUCGUGAAAAUACGGUAGUUACUUUCUAAUAAGGUUGGGGAAAAGUGUGCUCCCCACCCCUGCCAUACUUCGGUCCAUUGAAUAUUUUCUCAGUAUUCCGAUGCAAAUCCUUCUCUUGAGUGCAAAAAAAAAAAGAAGAUGGUUAAGCUCACUCAGUCCCCAACGGGCGAACUUGUGAACCACUAGGAACACAUUUAAAAGAAGCAUUAGCCCACGUUUGCCCCCGCGGAGCGGGAGAAACAUUAGAUUUUGCAAUUGUUGAAAGACAUUUUUACCCCCCCCCCCCCCCCCCCUCCCGACUUCCUCGGAAGACGUUUUGACGUGUGCGGGGAAACCAACGGCAUCACUUAACCGUCCCGCAUGUGGACACGUCACAGCGUUUUCUGUUACACUUUGCACGAUUGAGAAAAAUCAAUCUGAAGAGUCUUUUCUUCCAUAAUUGUUCUUAACACCAGGUUCUGAAAAGGGAUGAUAUUGUUUGAUUUGACAAUGUUUUCAUCUGAAUGCACUAAGAUGCUCCUUUAGCUUUUUUUUUUUUUUUUUUUUGAUUGUCUUAGGAAAUUGUGUCACAUGAUGAAUAUGUGUUGUGAUCCAGGCUCUGAAGGCUGCAGGCGCUCCGAAAUCAAUUUGGAACAUUGUCACGUGGCAUCGGUGGUCAAUGUCAAAUCCUAAUGGAAGGUACAAUAGCGCAGUAUUCUGCUUUCUGAUUGGCCAAUUCCUCUCACACUUCCUCGCGUCACUUCCUGGAUGAUUUUGGGAUUCGUGGGCGUCUUCGCGACCGCCCGGUUCGCCUUCCGCAGGUCGGCCAUGUUGAAUUGAUUAUUCCCAACAUUUUGUCACACGAGCACUGCAGCCCUGUCAGAGCCUCAGGUGAACAAUGUUUGUUUUUGGUUUUUUUCCUUUUCAAGCCAGUGUGACGCUCGUGUGUUCCGCUUUUAUAUGAUCAAGUAUUAGGGCCAUGCUGAACAGAAAGGAGUCACAUUUAUGAGAAUAACGUCGCAAAGCUUUAUUUAUCUUUAAUUUUUAAAGAAUAAAGUCAUACGUGACAAAUUGAAACGACACUCAGUAGUCUUUAAGCGGUUACCCUUGUAAUAUUGGGGAUUAUAAUAUGACUUUAUUCUCUUAAAAUUAUCCUUUUUUUUGGGUCAGAUUACAACUUUGUUCUCAAAAAAUUAGAUUUUUACAACUUCAUUUUUGUAAAUCAUGUUAGUCAUAUUACAACUAUUUUAAAAGUACACUUCCCCCCCCUCAUAUUACAACUUUAUUCUCAUAAAAUGCCAUCAUUUGUCUCAUAGUAUUAUGACUUUAUUUGCAUAAAUUACUCUUUAAUCUUGUAAAAUUAAAACAUUUUCCUUGAGUUAAAUAUUUUUCCCAUAGUGCGUAUUAUGACUACUCAUGAAAAACUCUCUAUUCUAAUUAAAUUACAGCUUUGUUCCUCAUUACAUUAUUCUCAUAAAUUACUCUCACAUUAUUAUUUUUUUUUGGUCACAUGACUUACUUGUAAACUUCCCAUUUUUUUCCCCCAUAAAUGAAGUGUAUGUGUGUGUGUGCCUCAUAAUUCUAUCACUUUAUUCUCAUUGGAUUUUUAUCUUUUCGGUGUGGCCCGAAUACACAUUUGUGUUUAUGGUUUAUUUUAAUUUUUGUCUUGCAUUUUAAAAUUUGCUCCUUAACUUUGCUUUCCCCAGGACUUUGUGUGCGUGUUUGAACAAUUGCAGCGUUGUUGUUACUCUUUUCAGCUUUGUUCUACAUGAAUCAAUAGAGAAUAGUGCCUUGCUCAGUAUUGGCUUUCAUGACUAAGCCUACAUAAGGCUUAUUAUCUCGCAUGUUCAACAAAAGGGAUUGCGUGUGCGUGCGUGCGUGUGUGUGUAAUGUUCUUGCACUGUUUUACUCUUUCAAACUGCAUCAUACAGAGUGUCUGGAGAUUUAUGGAAAUAAAAAUGUGCUGCUGUUCUGGCUA